AAAAAAAAGAUCCAUAUCCCAGCUGCAGAUUGUCGAAAAUGGUGAACCAAUCAUACAGCAUUCAAGUGAGCGGCAUGCAGUUCUCAUACGACGCUUGUUCCCCUCUGUUCUUCGAUUUCAAUCUCAACAUCUCCAGCGGAUCGCGGUGCCUACUCGUCGGCGCGAAUGGAUCUGGCAAGACGACGCUGCUGAGGAUUUUGGCGGGGAAGCACAUGGUGGGCGGUAAAGACGUGGUGAGGGUGCUGAACUCGUCGGCUUUCCACGACACGAGCCUAGUCUGCAACGGCGAUUUGGCUUAUUUGGGGGAAUCGUGGAGUAAAACUGUGGGCUCAGCUGGAGAACUUCCACUACAAGGGGACUUCUCAGCUGAGCAUAUGAUAUUUGGAGUUGAAGGAGUUGACCCUGUGAGGCGAGAUAAGCUAAUUGAAUUGUUGGAUAUUGAUCUUCAUUGGCGUAUGCACAAAGUUUCUGAUGGUCAAAGACGUCGAGUACAGAUUUGCUUAGGCCUUCUUCAUCCUUACAAGGUAGUUCUGUUUGCCUUGUACCUCAAGCUAUUCAAGCAUAAAACCCAUCAGGCAUUAUCAGUACUUUUGCUUGAUGAGGUCACUGUUGAUUUAGAUGUUGUGGCUCGGAUGGAUUUACUGGAUUUUUUCAAGGAAGAAUGUGAGCAGAGAGGAGCAACAAUUGUUUACGCAACUCAUAUAUUUGAUGGUCUUGAGACAUGGGCAACUGAUCUUGUUUAUGUUCAAGAGGGUGUGUUAAGGAGAUCAGAUAAGCUAGCUGAGCUAGAAGAAUUGAAAAAUAGAGUAAAUUUGCUCUCGGUGGUCGAGUCGUGGCUUAGGUCCGAAACUAAAAUCGAGAAGAAAAAACCACUUUCUUCUUCCUCUCAAACCCAAAAGCCUUCUCCGUUUGAUAAUUCUCCUUUUAGGUCUUCAAGACAUAUGGCGUAUUACCGUUGAUCACAUCACCUUUUCAGUUGAAUUAUAAAUGCAAUAUUCCAAUAAGACUGAAUUUGAUCAACAUUCAACCUCAAUUCGUUGUUGAUUUUUUAUUUAUAUUGCUGUUUUGAGGCAUCCAUCUGUUUAUGGUGGUAUAUAUAGCGAAACAUCAUCAUUUGUAAUUUGUAUAAUUGUAUCUGCUGCAAGUGUUUUCUAUUUGUUUUCCAAGAUUGAAGGGCAUUAGGAGGUUAUUAUAAACAUUAAAUAAUUCAAUGCCAUAGCAAGUCAUUGAUGCACCCCUUACAUCCCUAGAAUUCUGCAGUAUAUUUGCAAGAUUGUACGAAUUAAAUUAUCAUGGGUUCUCUAUAAAUAAGAAUAUGUUGAAUUAGUUACAACUUUGCCGGUGGUGAUCUCAAGAUUCAAGAAUCUAACUUGGGUCACUUCUC